AUUAAGUGAUGCUUAUAGUCUUGGUAUUGUAUUUCUAAAACUCCUCACCGGGAUGCAUCCAAUCUCACAUGGCAAAAACAUUGUUAGAGAGGUUAAUAUGGCGUAUCAAUCUGGUAUGAUCUUUGGGGUUAUUGAUGGGCAAAUGGGUUCUUAUCCUUCUGACUGUGUGGUGAAAUCCUUGAGUUUGGCCCUCAAGUGUUGCCAAGAUGAGACAGAUGCACAGCCAUCAAUGGCGGAGGCGGUCCGAGAACUUGAAAAUAUAUGGGUUAUAAUGCCUGAGUCUGACAUCAGAAAGGCAGAUCCCAUGGUCACUGAUGUUGCAAAGGAUAUAUAUAACAGUAGAUUGUAUGACAGUGUUGAUAUACAAAUUAAGAUUGUACUUUAA